AUGAAAAUUUAUGAAAUUUCAUAUUUCAAUUUUGGAGCAAAUGACAUUUUCAACUCGGAUUCAAAUGAAGCUCCAAUGGAUGAAGAUACAGAGAACCAAUCAGAUCCAGAAUCAGAGACACAAAGAGCUGAUGAAGAAGUGAACCAACUUUAUGAAGAAACUCUCUCAGAUGCGAACGAAGCAAUUGAAUUUGCUCCAGGUGAAGGACAGGUUCCAGUAUCAAUCUUAACAGAUAUCAACUGUGAAGAAUUAUCAUUUCCAACAAUUUACUUUGGCCAUGAACGAGUACAUUCACCAAACGUCAAGCUAUCAUAUGAAGACCACGUAAACAGUGAAAUUCGUAGACGUGAUCGUCGUGCAGUGAGAGCUGAUCAUUUAUUAUUUAUGCACAAGAAGUCACAACUAAAACAGCUUUGCAGCAAUGUUAAUAUUGCUUUGAAGAAGUGUGCACAAUCUUCAAGCGUCACAGCAUCACAAAUUUUAAACUCGAAUUUCGUCGAUGAAAGCAUUUCUAAAGAUAAUGCAUAUAGAUUCCUAACAAAUAUAACUGGAUCUCUUGCAUAUUGGGAGCAACAAAAAAAGAACGUUAUGGCAAUGGUGCGUCGAUUAGGAGUGUUUACAUUAUUCGUCACUUUAUCAGCUGCAGAAACACAUUGGAAAGAGCUAUUACGUAUUCUCAAGAAAACUGUGGAUAAUGAAGAUGAUGCUGAUGUCACAGAAAUGGACUUUGAAGAAAAAUCUCGACUGAUACGAACUGAUCCCGUGACUUGCUCCUUAUAUUUCGAGCACAAAUUUAAAGAAUUAUUUAAAACCUGGAAAAUUACUGAUGAAGGACCAUUUGGAAAGUACAAAAUACUUCAACACUAUUUUCGUAUUGAGUUUCAACACCGUGGAUCUCCACAUGUUCAUAUGAUUUUAUGGCUUAAUGAAGCACCAACUUUUGAUGCCGAUAAACCGCACUUAUUUCGUCAUAUCGAGGAAUUUAUUGACAACAUAAUAAGCACAAGUUCUGAUGAUCCGGAUACCAAAGAUUUCGUUAAAUAUCAGUAUCACAAAUGUUCUCGAACUUGCAAAAAGAAGAAGAGAGGCAACACAAGCUGCAGAUUUGGAGCUCCAUUUAUUCCGAUGGAUAACACAAGUAUUCUUCAACCACUUCCACCUGAUUAUGGAGAUUUAAAUUCAAUUGGAACAUUCGACGAAUUGCUUGGAAAAUUGAAUUGCGACAGAGACAAAUACAUAAAAACGAUUCGAAGUCAACUGAAAGCAACAAAAAUCUUCAUCAAACGAGCUCCAAAAGAUGCCAGAGUCAAUCCUUACUCAAAGAAAAUUCUUAUGCUUAUGCAAUCAAAUAUUGACGUUCAAUUUGUGCUGGAUCCGUAUGCGUGUAUUGGAUAUAUAGUUGAGUACAUUAAUAAACCGAGUCGGGGAAUUUCAAGACUGUUACGUGCAUGUGUGGAAGAGUUCAAAGGUGGCAAUUAUUCAUUAAGAGAGAAAAUCAAAAAGCUUUCAUGUACUUAUUAUAAUGGAACAGAAAUUUCUGCGCAAGAAGCAGCGUGGUGUCGUUUGCGACUACCAAUGUCAUACAGUAGUUCAGCAGUAGAGUUUAUCAAUACGGGACCUAUGAAGUCGAGACAUCGUAUAAUGAAGUCAAAAGCAGAGUUGAGAAAACUUCCAGAAGACAGCACUGAUAUUUACAAAAAGGGUUCAAUUGACCGAUAUAAGGAACGGCCAGAAUCACUAAAAGAUUUGUGUCUAGCCGAUUUCAUUGGAAAGUUCACAUUCAAUGGAAAGAAAACAAAUGAAGAAAUGGACGAGGAAAAUAUCGAGCAAGAUGAUCAUUUAGUUGAAUCAAUCGACGAUAAUCAAAAUAAUAAUGAAGAAGAUGAAAGUAGUGAAUUUAAAGUUGUUUAUGAGAUUGAAGGAGGAACAAUUAGAAAACGAAAGCAAAUUAAAAUUAUUAGAUUCUGUCGUUAUAAUGUCCACAAAGAUCGUAACAAUUUCUAUCGAGAAAGACUGAUGCUGUUCAAGCCUUGGCGAGAUGAAGCACUGGAACUUGAAAAUGAUAACUUGAAUCUUGAGGAAAUUUACAAUCAGAAUAAAGAAUUAGUUGAAGCAAACAGCUCUCGAUACAUCAAGCUGGACAUUGAUUUGAAUGAUUUAGCUCGAACGAUUGAAGAAGAGCUGGCUUGCGAAGAAGAUGAAUCAAAUGAUCAAAAUGAAGAUCAAGAUCAUGAACAGCAUUUGAACGUCUACGAUUUUGACGACAACAUUAUACAGCCUAAUGCUAUGUUUGAGAUGGGAUUAGAGAGUACGCUUUCAACAUCAAUUGAAAGGAACAAAAUUACAGUGCCUGAUUUAGUUUCUGAUCAAGAUUAUUAUGAGCUUAUUAAUUCACUGAAUUCAAAACAACACGACCAUUUGAUGCAUGUUCUCAACGCAUUUAAACUCAAUGAACUGCCGUUAUACCACUUUGUUUCGGGCGAAGCAAAAGUAGACUAA